GCCGUCGUCAUCGUCACCUCGCGCACCGGGCGCGUGCACGCCGCGAGGGGCCGCUGCAAACGCCCAGCCCUGUGCCCGGCGCGUUGCGCAUUGGUUCACCGCAGCGUCCCUGAGGCUUCGUAGCGUCGUUCGACGGCCGCGCAUCGUUUCCGGCAACCUUUGAGGCGACUCAAGGGCCACCCCGUUUUUGACCGAAGCACCACCCUGUUCUGACCCAACCGUCAAAAAGCCACAAGCAGCCCUAGAUCGCGAUGGAUGAGUUCACGCCAUUCGAGACGCACCACGACUCGCAGCAGUCGUCGCUGCUGUCGCAGCAGCACCAGAAGUUGGACAGCUCCAUGGACGACCUGUUCAACGGACCGAACCCGAUCGGUGGGGGCGGCUGCACGUCAUUGGAAGGAGACAUAAACCUGCUGGAAGGAUCGGCCAGCCAGUUUCCCGCUGAUCUACCCCCGAGCAAUUUCUCUCUGGACGACAUGAUGAGCCCCGACGCACCUUCAAGGCCGCCAGCUGUGCCCAAGGAUGAGCCGGAGACCAUACGCAAGUGGCGCGAGGAGAUGCAGCGGCACCUGAAAGAGAAGGACGCCCAGGAAGAAGUCAAGAAGGAAGAGUUGCGCCUUAACGCGCAGCGCGAGCUUUCGGACUGGUACGCGCGCUAUAACGAGUCCGUGACCAAGUGCCGCUCCGCCAACCGGUCUGCGAUGAUGUCCGACUGGCUGCCCGGCAGUGGAGCCAGGGACGGUGGGCCCGCGCCGGACAGGGUGCCCGAGUGGGAGAAUAUUGCGCGCCUCUGCGACUUCAACGCCAAGGCGUCGCGCAAUGCGAAGGAUGUGUCGCGCAUGCGCGCCAUCAUCCUGCAGCUCAAGCAGAGCCCGCCACCAGGGGCACUGGGCGUCAUCUCGCCGGUCAUCUCGAUGUGACGGGCGAAACCCCGGCUUCCGAAGCAAAGCGCUUGCUGCUGGUCCCCACUCGUAAGCAUGCUGCGGCUAUUGGAGCAGCGUGGCCUCUACGUUCCCGCUACCACAAUAGACGGCAGCGCUUCGAUCGGCUGGCUCCUUGUUCUGUCCACGUGUGGAAGAAAUAAAAAGAGGUUGAAAGUUUGCGAAGGCAGUUGA